AUGUCAUCUGAAUUCUGCCCCGUCUAUUCACCCUUCUUCAGUGCUAUAGGAUGCACAAGCGCGAUUGUCUUCACAGCCUGUGGUGCAGCCUACGGGACUGCAAAGGCCGGCGUGGGCGUUUGCUCCUCGGGGGUCCUGAGACCCGAUUUGAUAGUUAAGAACAUUGUGCCCAUCGUCAUGGCCGGUAUCCUCGGGAUCUACGGCCUGGUUGUCUCUGUUUUGAUUGCAAACACCCUCUCUCAAAAGGCGGCUCUCUACACCAGCCUUGUUCAGCUGGGUGCAGGUCUCUCGGUUGGACUAUGUGGGCUAGCUGCUGGGUUUGCAAUUGGAAUCGUGGGCGAUGCGGGCGUGAGAGGAACGGCGCAGCAGCCUCGGCUUUAUGUGGGCAUGAUACUCAUUCUGAUCUUUGCUGAGGUGUUGGGAAGGCCUGUAUGGGUUGAUUGUGGCUCUUUUGAUGAACUCUAG